UUGGGGGUAUACAACGACUCUGUACACCCCACUUCUUCGGCGCCCUUUCUUCCUUCGGGAAGGCUGUGGGCCACGGUCCUGACAUUUUAGCUCAGAAUAUACUCACCCACAUUGUCAUUUACAGAUUGGUUACGGAUUAUGUUCAUCAACAGCCUUCUCCGUUAAAUUCUUUUAAGCAGUUUGGGGGGAAGGUCAAAUGUUCUUCCUGAGUCUUCCGAGCCUUUGUCCGUCUUCAGCUCGGAUACCAGAGCGCCACGUCCUGGGGCAGCCUGUCUUGAACCCCGUCAAAACCCUGCCCGCAGCAUUUUAACGAGUACAGGAAGAGCGUGGAGACAGAAGAGAGAAGAAAUUCUUGCAGAAAAUGCAGGAUUUCAGCAUUCGGGGAGAGGUGAAGGAAAAGGGCAGAAAAGACCAAAGUCUAAGGCAGGAGGAAGUGACAUCCCUUAGGUUUUGCGCUGAGCCGACAAAGCACUGCACUGAGCCUCGCUCAGUAUGGCGCUGUUCGUGAAGACCGCCGAACAGCAGCACAAAACAAAGUGCACAAUUAAGCUGCGGGACUACCCACACUCACACCCACACCCACACAGAGCUCCGGCCUCGGUAAGUGUCGAGAAACAAAUUUUUUCCGUCGUUCAAGACGCAAAACAGGAAAACAAAAACACAGCCGUGGCGCACACUUACGUCUCUCGCAGAAUAGAAAACCGGAAACGCUCACAAUCUUUCUUUAUAAACCCUGUCAUUCCCCCGAGGGGGUGCACCGUUCCUGGAGGUACUGCAAUACCAGGUCGAUGCGCGGAGUGGACGGAGCAAGCUCCUAUUCCAUCUCCCUGCUCCAAAAAUCCAUUUAAUAUAUUGUCCUCGGAUAGAGGACGUAUCAGAUAUUAAACUGAUAAGAACAGAUACUACACUUGAUCUUAGCCAAAAGGCCGAGAAGCGAUACUCGCUGCCCAGGCCUCCCCGCCGCCGGCCUCCUGCCACGCACUUUCAACUCACGGUGAGUCGCCGGACGCUCAGCCCAGGUCUCACUUCCUUUGCUUCUGCGACAAUCCUCUGAGAAUUCACCACACAGUCGGCUCUGGUGCAGAUUUUCAAUCCUCCGGAUUUUUAAAGAGAACUUACCUACCUGUUGUUGCCCCGUCGUUCUGGGACGGAAACGCCAUUCUGAAUCUGCAUGCCCCGCCCUUUCCCGCCCGAGGAGGCGUGGCUACGGCGGGCCCGCCGUACCUCCCGGGCCGCCUCCGCGCGCCCUCAGCGGGAGCUGGGCUUCUCUUUCGUGCCAACGGAGAGAAAAGACAGCACCGCGGCCGCGAAGGCCGGGCGGCAAGAGGGCCUGAGGAAGGCAGCUGGCGGCGGACAGUUUCCCGAAGGCACACGGGGUCGCGAGACGGCUUCACCGGAAACGCCCGGACUGUAUCGUGUUACAUCGGGUGUCCGCGGGCGGAAAGACGAGCUUGGGAGGCGGCGGAGGAGGGGCUCACCGAUUCAGGGAGCCGAAGGUCUUGGGGGCGUCCCCCCGAGCGGCGGGGCCAGCCUGCGCGCCGGGCGGAGGGCGGAGGGCGCAGGGCGGAGGGCGGAGGGCGGAGGGCGCAGGGCCGGCGGUGGGGAGGGGCGGGGAGGCGUGUCUGGGGGCGGGGCGGCCGGAUGGAUUCUCUCCGCCUCUGGCACCUGCGUCUCUGGGUGCUUCUGGGGAGGAACCGUGUCCUGGGCUGCGUCCCUCGAGCUCCCCGUGCCUGGGACAUGGUUUCCCUACAGCUCUUCCUCACCUGGCAGAUACUCUGCACCCUGCUUGGCUGUCACUUCUUGCAGAAAGCCUGCCUUAAGGGCCCUGCCGCCCCCGCCCCCAGUCUCGGUAGCGGCCUUCCUACGUAUUUCAUCCCACCCGCACCGGUCCGGCGCCCCGCGGGUAGGAGAUGCUCCGCAAAGGUUUGCUCGCUGAAUUAAAGAUGCGCAAGAGGGACUGAAUCAGAGAAGAAGUUAGGAGGCUGCUGGCCCGAUGCGGGGGUGAAGAAGGGAAGAUCUGGCCAGGGGCGGCAGGACACCAGACAGGAGAGGCGACUGCCGGGGAUGCUCUGGGCAUCAAGGCCCGUCGAUGCGUUAAGGCCUCUGGCCAAGUUGGGGUAAAGGUUCCCCCUGUGGCGAAGACCGCCGGCUGCCCGCUCAGCCUUUCCCGUCCGCCCUCCUAAGAGAGGUUCCGUGUAGCGGGGGAGUUGAUGUUGCUUUCAUCUGGUCUCAGAAGAACUAGGCGGUAUCGUGGGUGUAAGACUGAAGCCCCGUCGGUCGUUUCACUCUGCAGCACGGGAAGCCUGAUGGCAGGUGCUGCCCGAGCCCUCCGGAUGCCAGCCCCUGGGCUGAGGGCUCUCCGUGUAUUAGCGCAGUUAAUUCCCUCGAGGGCCGAGGGCCGGUGAGAAAGGGGAUCAUGAUAACAGCUCUCCGCUUCGGGGACUUGUGAAGCUACCCGUGGAAACGACAGGCAUAUGGGAAUCUCGUGAUAAGUGCGCUCUAGGAAAAGUCCCCGCCCGUCGGUCACAUGGAGAGAACAUCCGUUUUACGGUGUUGUGAAGAGUCUUCCCCUGCCCGCCCCGGGCAUCCCUGCUUCCCGUCCCACUUUCCCUGGCUUUAUUUUCCUGCCAGCUGCCGAGUCGUUCCGGACGCCCGCGAUCAUCCCACGGCACAGAGAGGACUACAGACACGGCCGUGCGGGCACACAGGCGCACAGUUAGAUUCGCAACUGUACCGACGGUGUUGGCCUAUCUGCUUCUCGCCUCGACGGCAGAGACUCUGUUUGCUCCUCCGUCCCCAGCACCUGGGACGGUGCUCGGCACGGCCUUGGCGCUUGAGGAAUAUUUGUGGAAGGAAAGGAGGAGGGUCAAAUGAGACGACAUCUCACGUGCUCAGCCUGCUCCUGACACGACUCUUCGGGCCUCCCCAUCCCAGGAUCCCUGUUCAGCUCUGCGUGUCUCAGACCAUCUUCUGCUCAGACUUUGGUUUCCCUGAGAAGGGGGUUGCUGCGGUCUGAACCCCGCUACCCUGUUCAUCUCUCGCGGGCCUCCUCCUUGUCCUGCCUGUUCUCCUGGCCGUUGGGGCAGGUGUCUUAGUCUCAAGCCUGGGUCGGCAACUCCCCGAGGGCAGGAACGGUGUCUGGCCCGUCUCUGCUCCCAGCUCCCAGCCAGGUGUGUCACAUCACGUUACAGGUGAUCAGUGACAAAACAAGAAUACUUGCGGGGUCGGGGGGAGGGGGGGGGCGCCCCAUGGCCGAGUGGUUGAGUUCUCAUGCUCCGCUGC